GACAGACCCGAAAUAGAGAGUUGGGAUUGGCUGAGCUGUGUGAUUUUUCCAGCUGAAUUUACAUAUCACCCACUUCUCUGCAUGCCUUUCUGUUUACAUCACUUAAGAGCCAGCGCACACAGAUAGUGGAAGAGACAUUUUGAAAGAGUAAAAGUCUGCCUGGAGCUGGAGCGCUUUGUCCUGGGACCUACUUGGCCAGCUUUGCUUCUUGCUUCCAGCUUGAGUAGCCCAAGUGAAUUUCGUGCAAGGUAAAGCCCCAGAGCAAACUUCCCAUGACUAAUAAAUACUGGUCUAGAUUAUGAGCUCAAACAAGAGCGCUCGCUACAAUCGCUUCUCCAGUGGCGCAGCAAACAUCACUACUCCUGAGAACACUAACGGGACGAGAAUGGAAACGACUUUUGGGCCUGCCUAUUCCGCUGUGACCACCAUCACGAAAGCUGACGGGACCAAUACCUUUAAGCAGCACCGUAGGACUCCCUCCUCAUCCAGCACGCUCACCUACUCCCCGCGAGACGAGGACGAUGGCAUGCCUCCAAUCAGUACCCCACGCCGUUCCGACUCCGCCAUCUCCGUUCGCUCGUUACACUCUGAGUCCAACAUGUCCUUGCGCUCGACAUUCUCGCUCCACGAGGAAGAGGAGGAACCAGAGCCCUUGGUGUUUGCCGAACAGCCAUCAGUGAAACUCUGCUGCCAGUUGUGUUGUAGUGUGUUUAAAGAUCCAGUCAUCACAACCUGUGGGCACACGUUUUGCAGAAGAUGUGCCUUAACAUCUGAGAAGUGUCCAGUGGAUAACGCCAAACUGACUGUGGUUGUUAACAAUAUUGCUGUGGCCGAGCAGAUAGGGGAGCUGUUCAUUCACUGUAAAUAUGGCUGCCAGCCCGCCGCCAGCAGCAAGGCCGCUGCCUUCGAGGUGGACCCCCACGGAUGCCCCUUUACCAUUAAACUGAGCGCCCGGAAAGAUCACGAAAGCAGCUGUGAUUACAGACCAGUUCGCUGUCCCAAUAACCCCAGCUGCCCACCUCUCUUGAAAAUGAACCUGGAGGCGCAUCUCAAAGAGUGCGAACACAUCAAGUGCCCUCAUUCCAAAUACGGGUGUACAUUCAUAGGAAAUCAAGACACCUACGAGACUCACUUGGAGAUGUGUAAGUUUGAGGGGCUGAAGGAGUUCCUGCAGCAGACAGAUGACCGCUUCCACGAGAUGCAGGUGGCAAUGGCUCAGAAGGACCAAGAAAUCGCCUUCCUGCGCUCAAUGCUGGGCAAGCUCUCAGAGAAGAUUGACCAGUUGGAGAAGAACCUGGAACUCAAGUUUGAUGUGCUGGAUGAGAACCAAAGCAAGCUGAGCGAGGACCUGAUGGAGUUCCGCAGGGAUGCCUCCAUGCUAAAUGAUGAACUGUCCCACAUCAACGCCCGCCUCAACAUGGGGAUCUUAGGAUCGUACGAUCCUCAGCAGAUCUUCAAAUGCAAGGGGACCUUUGUCGGGCACCAGGGCCCUGUCUGGUGUCUGUGUGUUUACUCCAUAGGAGACUUGCUUUUCAGUGGCUCCUCAGACAAAACCAUUAAGGUGUGGGAUACCUGCACCACAUACAAGUGCCAGAAGACCUUGGAGGGCCACGAUGGGAUUGUCCUAGCUCUCUGCAUUCAGGGGAACAAGCUGUACAGCGGCUCUGCUGACUGCACCAUCAUUGUCUGGGAUAUUCAAACCUUGCAGAAGGUGAACACGAUCCGAGCACAUGACAAUCCUGUUUGCACUUUGGUCUCCUCACACAACAUGCUGUUCAGUGGCUCCCUUAAAGCCAUUAAGGUCUGGGACAUCGUGGGCACCGAACUCAAGCUGAAAAAGGAACUGACAGGUCUCAAUCACUGGGUGCGAGCACUUGUGGCUUCUCAAAACUAUCUCUACAGUGGGUCUUACCAAACAAUCAAGAUCUGGGACAUCCGGAACCUGGAGUGUGUCCAUGUGCUGCAGACGUCAGGGGGCAGUGUGUACUCCAUCGCCGUGACCAACCAUCACAUUGUGUGUGGCACCUACGAGAACCUCAUCCAUGUCUGGGAUAUCGAGUCAAAGGAGCAGGUGCGCACGCUGACCGGGCACGUGGGGACAGUGUACGCCCUGGCCGUCAUCUCCACGCCGGAUCAAACCAAAGUCUUCAGUGCAUCGUACGAUCGCUCUCUCAGGGUGUGGAGCAUGGACAACAUGAUCUGCACUCAGACGCUGCUGCGGCACCAGGGCAGCGUGACGGCGCUCGCGGUCUCCAGGGGCCGCCUCUUCUCCGGCGCUGUGGACAGCACUGUUAAGGUCUGGACCUGCUAACGGCAGCAGCUCCACCAGUCCUGCUGCCCGAGCUACCAGAAUCUCCUUCUCCUCUGCCGGCCUGUUGGAUGACUGACACCGCUGUGAAAUAGCUGCUGCCACCCUCUGCUCACCACCAUCACCUGCUGCCUUCCAUCGGCCACAGCAGCUAGGCCCUCAGCAUCGCUAGUCCCUCCAAGCCUCCCGUCGCCCAGGGAUCCCCCAGAAGUCAGCCGUGUCCCAUGAACUACGUGGGAGACGACCUGGCCCGCUGCGAGAGCUGGUGGGUCAGUGCUGUUCUCCGUGCUGCACACAGCACCAGGCAGGGGCUUGUUACUGUAGUGUCACGACAGCAGAGCCUGGCCCAAAGGCUUGGCGCUCCAAACGGGACACCUGCUGGCUGGGCUGGUCGGGCCAAGCAUGGCACAGCUGGCAUGGACGCCAGGCGGCAAUGGGACAGCACAACUCAGGUGGUCGCAGCGGAGCCUCUCGAGGAAGCGAAGAACCAGGAGCGAGGUCACUGCAAACAGGAGAACUGAGCUUCAGCCUUGUCCUCCGCUCGGGUUCACAUGGGCCCCUCUCUGUUGCUCUUGUAUUUAAUGUGACUGCCCAGACGACAGUGAGCUGUUGUUUGGCCUUUCAAGAGGAAUCUUCCUUGUGUAGCCAGGUACGAUUUUUACACCACAAGCUAGUUCUCUGAUCAAGUAACACAAGCGAUUGGUUCACCCUCCUGUAAUUACAGUCUUCACAAUAAAGAGAAAAAGCCUCUAUUGCAUUUUUACUCACAUUUUCUACGGUUUUUAAGAUUGUAAUAUAAUUGGAUUAUUUCUUCAUUGACAAUAAAAGUGGAAAGAGCUGUUC